AUCACGCAGACGGCACAAUACACACGAGCGAACGCGAACGCGAACGUGGCGCCACAGUCGAGCCCGAAAUGAUCGGCGGAGUCUCCCGUCUCCCGUCUCCCGUCACCCGUGUUGAGCCGUGCUCCAGCUCCCGACUCCCGAGCUCCACACCAACGCGCUCUUCACGGUCAUUGAUAGUCGUCUGCGAGCCGUGGGACGGGACGCGGCGAACGAAACGUAGGUGUUUCGCGUGUUCGUGGGCCGCCAGGGCCAAAAAUGGCGGAACGGACGAAGGUGACGGCCCCGGCCACCCGGCCCGUUCCUAUGAAGCUGUUUGCCACCUGGGAAGUGGAUCGUACUCCCCCGAAUUGCAUACCCAGGCUGUGUUCUUUGACGUUAACUCGAUUAGUAAUACUCCGACCGCUCGGCUCGGACCUAGCAUCCAUUAGCAUCGCGGUCAAGAUGCAGAGCUCCAAGAGGACUUUGCGUUCCAAUGAAAUGGCUAUACCGACCGGCGGCAUACUCGACACUGAACUAGAAUUGCAAUUUGCACUUCAAUAUCCGCAUUUUCUCAAGAGAGACGGCAACAAGCUUCUGAUAUUAUUGCAAAGACGCAAACGAUACAAGAAUCGCACGAUGCUUGGCUACAAGACUCUCGCGGAGGGAAUCAUUAACAUGGCACAAGUGCUGCAGAAGCAAAUGGAUGUUGAGUUGGAACUCAUAUCAGACAAAGCGGAAAAAUAUGGUGGUCAUUCGGUUCCACUGGCACGCGUGAGCGUUGUCGCUCUAAGUUCCCAACCGGUUGAUCAUGAUAAAAGACUGACAAAUGAUCCCAGCGAGAGGCUCUGUCCUGAAUUUAGCGACGAAGAAGAGGAAUUUAGUUCGGAGGGUGAGGCAGAGGGUAGCGACAGUGAGCCCACGUUGGAGGUGCACAGGCGGAAAAGUCGCGGAAAGAUUCCAGCAAAUGCCAGACAAAGAAAUUUAAAGCAAAAGUUUAUAGCUUUGCUAAAGCGGUUUAGGGUAUCGGAAGAGUUGGAACAUGAUCAAGAGGAAAUCGGGCAAAAACUUUCAGGUGGCGAUAUGGAGAUAGAAGAAUUGUUUGAUGAAUUAGAAGAUUUAUCAGACAGUGGGCCAGAAUUGGAUACUAUGUCUGUUAGUAGUACACCGAAACCAUCACUGCGACCUUUUUUCAGCUCUAGUCGAUCUCUUCUUGCACCACCUCAUUCAGUAGUAACCAACGAGGAUACUGGAACUAUCUCAGCGACUACCACGUGUCAACAGCCUGCGGGUCAGUCAGCUAAAGAGAAACAUCGUAUUGGACACAUAACUCCGGAACGUGGGGUGGACAGACAAAGCGAUGACAGUUCUCGAAGAGCCGACAGCGAUUCUCAUCCUGAAAAUUGGACAGAUCACGAAGCGAACGAUCCACCGAAUUAUGUAGCAGGUUCCCCGCCAAAAUCAAUGGAACAGCCUAAGACCGAAAGCUCCGAGAAGAGAAGUAGACUUUUUGCGCGUGAUAAAGGCACACCAGGCAGUAACAAAUCUAAAAAACACAGUCUGAGCGUCGAUCUGAAACCUUCGGCCGAUUUAAAUAACACAGAGCCGAGAAAAGCUUUAGUCGAGCAACUAGGUCGAGUGUUACCAGACGAUAGUUUACCAGAGGCUGUGUCGCUGGUAUCCAUAGCGGAUCCUGGUGGUGCUGUACUUGCUGCAAAACUUCAAGAAAGAAAUCAUAAGGUUCUGACGACCGCUUCUCCAGCUGACAUCCGUGCAACAUUCACUUGUUUAGUCACGCGAAUACAAAAAUUUUGCAACAGUUCUGCAAAACCACCAGCACCUAUAAAAGUGAUAAUUGCUGGCGGAGAUAGUUUCAUAAACGCAGUUCUCCGUCAUUAUGUCGACUUGUUGAGCUUCAGACCGCCAGAUUGGCAAAACUACAUGAAAUUCUUAGUGGUACCGCUCGGUUCAAACACAUUAACGAAAUAUCUCGGUUCUAUUGACGCUAAGUAUUCGAAAUUAUUUGGAGAUGAAUGGAAGGAGCAUUUAGAAAGAGAAGGAUCGAGCGAAUGCGCGGCACGAGUGUCGGAAUAUCUGGCCACAGCUAAUACAGUUUUAUUACUACCCAUAGCAGAAGCUAUGGUUACGUACAGGGAAACAGAUGACAGUAGCCAAAUCUUUAUUCCCUUUAUAAAUGACGUUCGUGUGGGCUGCCCAGACAGCAGUUCUUCCGCGUCUGUCGAUCUGGAAGAGAGUAACGUUAGCAUGUCCGGUUCUCCACCUUCCUUACCCCCUCCAAGUUUACCCGUUCCAACUCCUGGAAAGUUGACACCACCCAGUAGUCCUAAUGUGGGCCAACCGGCAAGGGAAGGAUGGGAACCAGUGGAAUUACAGUUGGAUUAUUGGAGUAAACAGACUCAAGGGGAAAAAGGAAAGAGCACGUUACGUCAGGCUUUCAGAGCGUUACAUGUGCAAAGGCUUCCUUCAUUGGGCGAAGUUCCAGGCUAUCACUUGUCUAUGAAUUUCACGACAAAAGAGAAGAAACAAAAAAUAAUGAGAUUAGGUAAAAAGAAAGAAAAAGAGAAAGAAAACGAGCCAAAAAGUCAAUCGGUGGAUGGUGUGACACGUCUUAUAUGUUCUGCAAAAACUCACAACAUUCCAUUAAGAGUGAGCAUUGAUGGUACCGAAUGGUACGGUGUAAAAUUCUUCCAACUAUCGGCGCAAUGGCAAACGCACAUUAAGACGUUUCCAAUAGCGUUAUUGGAAUAUAAUCCGCAACAACAAACUUCGACUGUUACAUAAUUAUCUGUUAUUAAUUAUAAUGAAGGCUUUUAGCGACUUACGUAUUCUGCAUCAAUAACAAUAACAUUUGACUCAUUUUAUACGCAAACCCGAUAACCAUCAACUUCUUAAGACUGCCCAGUAUAAAUUAAAAUUUAACAGAUGCUUUGAAUUCCCAUUCUUGAAAUACCCAUUGCAUUUAUUCCAUUAUUUGAUAAUAGCGAUGAAGAUAUUUGGACAUUGGGGAAUUUCUAUAUCAUAUAAAAAAAUAUAAUUGCGUGUGUGAUAAACAUAUGUUGUGUUCACGAACAAUUUAUGCAAUACGAGUCCAUAAUAGAUUUUGGAAAAUUAUGUUAUAAAAUAUGAUCUACAUACGUAAAUUUAAUAGAAAUUUCUCAAUAAGUAUACAAUUUUAUCCAUCAACAACAGAUUACACAAAGUAGGUAUAUUCGUUCGCGACAUAUCAUGAUGAAAACGAGGAUGUUUAUUUGAAUGGAGAUUUUGCUGGUUAUGGGAAUGCUGUUGUUAAAAUUAUUUAUUUGCGAUAUAUUUAUAGUACAUCGCUACUUUAAUUUUGUAAAUACUGAAAUAUCUUUAAACAUUGGAAUUAAGGUGUAAUGCAAGUUUAAAUUUUAUGUAAUAAAAAUUAAUUUUAAAAAUUAUAUAACUUAUUUAUUAUCUUAUGUUAUUUUCAUGUUUAUUUAAUAUUAAUAUUUGCUAAUUUUAUAAUUGUCAAUUUUUAUAUGAAUUACCAAAAUCUGAAAUAAUUCAAUCUUCAUUAUUUAGAAAUAUUUCAGUAUUGCAUUACAGAAGUGAUGUAUAAUAAAACAACAUUGUUUUCUUUUUAAAUAUAAUAUUUUUAUCGUCCUUGAAUGAAGGACAAUUCCAGUGCAAGAUUAACAAUUUAUUAUUUUUGUUUUUAAAAUAUGUAGAUAUGUAUGUACUAAAACAUGUAUCAUGUAAUCUGUUAUGAUUUUUGACGUUAAAAUAUUCUUAACUUAAAAAAUGUUAUAAGUAACAACACACACACACACACUCACACACACACACACACACACACACAUACAUUUAAGGAGAUAUAUAUAUUUGUUUCAUUAUUAUUAUCUUAAUCUAUCCAUUCAUUAAACCAUCAAAAUUUUUUUUUAGUUAUGCUUUUAAAACUUCCAUAAAUUCUCUUCAAGAAUUCUAACAAGUUUGCGAAUUGUCUCUGUCCGUCCUAAUACUAUAUCGGGUUACUUUUCGUCCUAAUAAAGUAAACUGCAAUGUUCCUGAAAUAUUAACAUUGAUGAUUGAGACAUGAUGACAAUCCGUAAACCUCUUAGUAUUCUAAAUUUUUUUAGUAUUUUGAAAAUUUAAUUAACAUAUCGAUUUAAAAUAAGUCGUCAUAAUAACAAAUUACAUGAUUCUGUAUAUCAUUAUUUUAUUACAAAUUCCGGAUUUCAAUAUUUGCAAUGUAGAAUAUCAGAUUUACUUUUGUAGAAUACUAAUAGUGAUUUUAUUGUUUUUUCAAGACUGUAGCUAUAUCGGAUUAUUAUAUUAAAAACGAAAAAUUAAAUAGAUAUGAUUUUUUAGCCUAAUAAUUUGAUUUUGGCUAUUUGUAAAUUUGCAAUUUAUUUGCUGUAAAUGAAAUGUGAAGCACUACUUUUAAACUAACUUUAUACUGCAUACCUCUGCUGAGAAAAGAAUGCUUGAAAUCCGAAAUUUGAAAUGAAACUUACUGUAUGUACAUGUUAAACAAUAUAGUUUAUUAAGAACAAACGCAGAUAUUAUGCGUUAUUACUAAAGUCUGUGAUACAGGCAAACAUUUUUUCAGCGUACAUAAAAUCAGAUAAUAUAUAUGUGCGAUGUACAUUUGAAAAUUUAACGGAAGUUUAACGGAUAUACAGACAACAUAAAGAUAAUAAUUAAUUAUAUACAAAAUAUUCUUAGAAAUGUUUAUAUUGAUUAUAAUGUUUUAUCAUUUGGCUUUCCGAGAUAUUUUUAUACAUUAUUUGAUAAGAUUUUUUACUUCAAGUUGCUAUAAAAUAUUCUGCUUUUAAAAACCCAUCGUUUAAAAGCACGUUUUUAUUUUUAAUUUGUGUAUUUUCUCAUUAAACAUUAGCGCAUCAAUUUUAUAUAAAUUUUGUUUUUUUUAUAGAUUUGCAUCAUUGUGAUUUCUCUAUGGAAAAUUAAGAUAAAUUAACUAUCUAAUUAAUAUUUAUAUAUAGUUAAGUUACAUAGCUUUUUAUUAUAUUACCGGAGUGGAAAAUUUCUUCCUUCACUAGAAUGAUCUAUUAUUUUUCCAUAUUUAUCUCUUAUACUUGUAAUAAUCAUGUCAGAAAGAUAUUGGAACAUCUUGAAUAUAAGUAAAAGUAAUGUGAUUGUCGCAAGGCAAGCGAACAUUUUCUUUAACCCUUUCAGAAGAAAUUUUAUGAUUAAAUUAAUGUGUUACAAUGCAAUAAAAUAUACAAACUGAUAUAAAUAUUUUAUUGUAAUUGACAUAAGAGUAUUAAUUGAUAUAAAAUUGUUAAAAGUGAUUUAUACUAUAUUUGGUUCAAGUAUUAACACAUAAAUAUUUCUUUGUAACUAAUGAUAUUAAAAAGCUUUACAAAAAUUAUUGUUUCGAAAAAUGAUUUAGCGUUUUUAAUUUAAAUUUGACAUCAUUUGGUUUUCACAAUCAAGAUUAACUAUAGUUUCUUAAAUAAAAUAAUAUACUUAUUUUACUUAAACCAAACGUCAUAUAUGUAAAAUUAUUAUCUUCUGAAAGUGUUGGAAAAAAAAUAUUGUUAAUGUAAACAUAAGCUUAAUUAGCUUUUUGACAUUUCUUUUUUAUUUCAUAAAAAGAGCAACAAUAUAGGUAGUAAAGUACUGUUUUUAGCGACAUAAUUGUGUCGCUUUGACUGCCUAAUGCCAAAUUAAAAGAAAAAAAUGCCUACUCGACUUAUUUCCAAAUGUAAACAGGAUAAAAAUACUCUUUAACGGCAUCCUCUAAUGGUGCGACUAAAAUGAUGGCACUCGUGAUGAUUGUAUCUUGCCAAAGUAUACAAAGUAACAAUGAAAUAUCUCUGUUUGCACUCCUCUUUUUGCUAGUCCGCAAUUAGUUGUUAAUGCGAGUGAUAUACAUAGUCGUACAACUUACAUCUUUUAUGUUUGAUUACAAACAAUGCCGUUCGUUCAACAUACCGAGUAAAAUAAUAAUUCCUGAUAUAUCGAAAAUGAUGUAUCAAAAGUAACGUGUGGCCAUAACAAUAUAGUCUCAAAACUCGCUGCAGCUAUCGAUAAUUGCGAAUGAUAUGCAACAUUGAUGAAACUCUUCUUAGAACGAACUAUACUUUUCAUUAAAAAAAAAAAAAAAAAUCAAAAAUGAAAAAAACAAGCCGUAUUGCGUAUGCAUAAAUGCAUCAAGUGUAUCUUCAGAUACACAACGGAAGAUGUAUCUUGUUUCAUGAUAGAACGAAGUCAGCAAUUAAACCUGCCAUAUAUAGCGUUAUACGUAUUCUGAAGUUUUUGUCGAAGCAUUGUAAAUUCAAGUUUUUUUUCUUCUUUUUUUGUUAUUUUAGUGCCUGACAUAAAUGUUUUUGUGUCGUGUUUCCCACGUCGUGUGUAUCUCUUGUUAGCAUUUUCUCCAGAGGAUGCCAAAUCUCUGCUUGCUACAUGUUAAUGCAUCCAAUAUAUGUGUGUAGAGGAUAUACAGCGAAUAUAUCUAUCUGCGAAAGAGAUAGAUGAAUGAAAGAAAUUACAUUAUAUCGAAGAUGAAUCUUCGAAAUUGGGGAUGCAAAAUCAAAAACUCAAUUCUUUCUUUUCCUCCCAUUUAGAUUUGCGAAGCACAUAUAGUAUAUCGGUUGAAUAUUUAUUGGAAAAAAGAUUAUCGGUUUAAAUUUUUUCCGCUUUUUAUGAGCAUUUUGUGCUUCCGGUUUCUCUAAAUGCGAUACCAAAGAUACAUUAGAGAGUAAUUGAGCCUAUAGUUGCAUUCUAUACUCAAAGAAUAGUAUUAUUUCCUUUUUUUUAAUGAGCUAUAAUAGUUCCUCUAUUAUUUUCCAUAUUAUUAUCCAUGAUUUUCCAUUUAUAUAUAUAUAUAUAUAUAUAUAUAUAUAUAUAUAUAUAUAUAUAUAUUACUACUUUUUCUAUAACACCACUCGAUAUAUCAUUUAUAUAUAUAUAUAUAUAUACACACGCACACACACACACACACACACACACUUACACAUAUGUAUAAAGAUAAUUUUACUCUUUAAGUGUAGUAUGUGUGUGUGUGUGUGUGUGUGUGUGUGUGCGCGCGCGCGCGCGCGUGUGUGUAUGCGUAAUUAAGAUAUUAUAAAGAUAGUGACGUGCUCACGGUCUACACACAUAAUUGUACAAUUUAUUGAAACAUAGUUUCCAAAAGUUCUUCAUUUUUUACCAUGUAUAAUCCAGAGAUAUUUAUGUAGAAAGAAACCGAAAUUACACAUACAAAAAAUCCGCAGUUCAAAGAAAGUGCGCUUCGUGAAGGAUAUCAGGUACAGUGUAAUGUAUAUUUGUAUACUGAUGGAUUUCGGAUUCUAGUCAAAAUACGAGAGUGAGUGUUUCAUUGUAUAAUCAGUGCGCGUUAAUGAUAUAUAGGAUGAAAUAAAAAAACAAAUACUACUUUACCUGUUUGAAUACGUUUGUACGUUAUUGCGAACGACCGUUAGCACGUUUGUCAGGUUUGUCGGGAAAAACUCUCAUUUUUAUGUACAGCGAGUUUUAUCACAUAUCGACAAACCGGCUCAAAGAAAAAUUUACAAUAAUUACAAGUAACUAAUAUAUUGAAGUUUUUCGUAAAAUAAAGGAAACAUUAUUAGAUGGCGGUUAAUUUUUCAAACUGUAGACAUUUAUUGUGCUUAACUGUAUAAUGUCUUAUUGUACACGUUACAAAUUGUUGUCAAUACUCUUAUAAAAGAGUAAAUUAAUAAAAAAGUUAUUAAGAAAAAAAAUCGAUCUGUUUAAUAUGAAAUAAGUAAAACAAUUAAAUUUCGCAUACAUAAACCAAUUUUGCCUGACCAAAAUUAUUUCUGCUAUUGAAGUUACAUCAGAGUGUAAUAAUUGCAAUUAAUCAAAUCUAAAGAAAACAGUUUAAUACGUGAGAAUCUAUUUGUUUACACCGAGCACUCUACCUGUGUGGCUAUUGUAUAUUAGUAUUAAUAUGUGAAUAGGUAGUAAAAUUAAAAAAAAAAACAUGUAAAGUGUUGAAUAAUUUGAUAUGCGUUUGACGACGAAUAUAUUGUUUACUGUUAAGAAUGCUUUUCAAAUGUUUAUAUCGAUAUGCUCUACAGUAGUGUACAGCUUAUAACAUGCGUCUAGAGAUGUGUCUCGACAUUUAACGAAAAAUUUAUCUAUUGCGAUAUUAGUAUAUAUGUGUAUUGUGAGAUAUAUUUAUGUAUAUUAUAUCCUUUUUAGGAAUAUCUUAUUUAAGUAAGAUAUAAUAAUUUGAGAAUGAGAUAGAGUGCAAGAGAGCAAGAGCGAAUAGUAUAAUUAUAAAUUCGAUAUAAAUGUAUUAUUAGAUAAAUUGAACAGAUAUAUAGGUAAUGAUUCAUUGUCAGCGUAGAGAAAUGUUAAAGCAUUUAGAAUUACAGCUUUUUGAAGUUACAUUUGGUUUAUUAAGAUCAAAACGGUGAAAUACCGAAAACCGCUAAAAUAAAUUUAUACAAAUCAUAGCUAACUACUUUUUUUAUCCAAAUCCCAAAUAUUGUUGAUAGAACAAACGUAUAUAUUAUAUAUGCUUUACGUUACAUUUUAAAUUACAUUGCUGCAGAUUUUCCUGUAUGGGUAAUAAAGUUUUGAAUAAAGGGGCUCAGUUUUAUCCAGUUAAUAAUUUAUACUUGGCAGAGGUAAACUUAAAUAAUGAUCGAAAUUAUAACUGUGAAUAAGUAUAACCAGCGAAAAUUAUCUAUGUGAAUAAUAAUAGUAUACAUUAUGUAUAUUGUAACAUACGGACACUUACGUAUGCUGCCCCAAAUAUCUUCGUUUUAAAGUUUUAGAACAAAGAAGUUUGAUAUUUCUAUGUGUAUAAAAAAAUUAGACUUUAUGUUGCAAUAAAAUAUGAAAUAUUUUGUAAAGUA